GUGAUACGAUAUAACGACACGGUCCUAUGACUAAGUCCACUCCAAUCCAGUGACGUAAACAGCACCAUCACCCAUAGCUUCCUGUGACGCACAUCCUUACGUAACCAUCGUUGACGCUAGACUUUCCUCUCUGAUCUCUCUUUCUUCAUGUAUAUAUAACAAAACCUUCCUUUCCUAAUUGGUAUCUAUCUUUAAAAACAUACUUGAAAAUGCAAGGAACGAUUUCUUGUGCAAGAAAUUAUAACAUGACGACAACCGUCGGGGAAUCUCUGCGGCCGCUAUCGCUUAAAACGCAGGGAAACGGCGAGAGAGUUCGGAUGGUGGUGGAGGAGAACGCGGUGAUUGUGAUUGGACGGAGAGGAUGUUGCAUGUGUCAUGUGGUGAGGAGGCUGCUUCUUGGACUUGGAGUGAAUCCGGCGGUCCUUGAGAUUGAUGAGGAGAGGGAAGAUGAAGUUUUGAGUGAGUUGGAGAAUAUUGGAGUUCAAGGCGGCGGAGGUACGGUGAAGUUACCGGCGGUUUAUGUAGGAGGGAGGUUGUUUGGAGGGUUAGAUAGGGUUAUGGCUACUCAUAUCUCCGGUGAGUUAGUUCCAAUUCUUAAGGAAGUUGGGGCUCUGUGGUUGUGAUUGUAAAUUAAUAAUUUAAAAUUAUUUUUUUUUCUUUUAAUUAAGAAUCUUGAUUGGUAAUUGUUGUUUACGGUUUAUAAUUGAAUCGUUUCAUAUAUAUGUAUAUAAAGAAAUAAAUAAAAGAAAAGUCUCAAGUUGAAAUUUGCUAGAGAUUGUACCCAAUAAUUUUAUAGCAUUCAUUGUGCUCUGUUUUGAUAGUA